UUCCUUCCUCUGGCUGGGAGACCUUGAGGCAACCCUAGCGUCCUUCGUGGUCUACCUAUCUUCUAGAUUCGCGGAUCCCUUCGAUUUCUAAUCGAAGAAGAAGGAGGGGGCGGCGAAGAAGAUUACCAAGUUAAGAUGCUCUGGAUCAUGAGAUUGUCCGGUUUCUUCUCCGCAGCAAUGGUCAUGAUCGUAUUAUCUCCGUCAAUGCAAUCAUUCCCACCCGCCGAAGCCAUUAGAUCCUCUCAUUUCGAUGGAUACCUCCGGUUCCCCAGCCAGAAUCCGGCUGUCGAUUCCUUGAACGUCUAUUCCUUUAGAAAAGCCUCGACAUUUCGCAAUGCGGAGGAAUGCGGCUCCGCCGACACCAUAAUCUCCGGCCAAACGACUGUUUGUGACCCUUCUCUCGUCCACAUCGCCAUCACGCUCGACGUCGAGUACCUGCGCGGCUCCAUCGCUGCCGUUCACUCCGUCCUGCAACAUUCCUUGUGUCCCGAGAACAUCUUCUUCCAUUUCCUCGUGUCGGAGACGAAUCUAGAAACCCUAGUCCGGUCUGCGUUUCCACAGUUGAAGUUUAAGGUCUAUUACUUCGAUCCAGAAAUUGUGAGGAACCUGAUCUCUACAUCGGUGAGGCAAGCGCUGGAGCAGCCGUUGAAUUACGCGAGGAAUUACCUUGCAGAUAUCCUGGAGCCGUGCGUCCGGCGAGUGAUAUACCUAGAUUCCGAUCUCGUAGUGGUGGAUGAUGUAGCCAAGCUUUGGGCGACGGACCUUGGCUCCAGAACCGUGGGAGCACCGGAAUACUGCCAUGCCAACUUCACGAAGUAUUUCACGGCGAAUUUCUGGUCGGAGAAGCGGUUCUCAAGCUCGUUCGCGGGGAGAAACCCAUGCUACUUCAACACGGGAGUGAUGGUGAUGGAUCUGGUGAGAUGGAGGAGGUAUGGGUACACGAAGAGGAUCGAAGGGUGGAUGGAGAUUCAGAAAAAUGGCCGGAUUUACGAGUUGGGUUCGCUGCCGCCGUUCCUUCUUGUGUUUGCGGGACACGUGUCGCCGAUCGAACACAGGUGGAACCAGCACGGGCUUGGUGGGGAUAACGUCAAGGGUAGUUGUCGCGAUCUCCACCCGGGACCGGUGAGUCUUUUGCACUGGAGCGGGAGCGGCAAGCCCUGGCUCAGGCUCGACUCGAACCAGCCUUGCCCCCUGGACGCUCUUUGGGCCCCAUACGAUCUUUACGGACCCUCGCCGUGAUCUGACGUCGUUCAUCCUUGUUUCUUAAUUU